AUGACCGUCACGCCCCUCGCUUUCCGACCGGCAACCGCCGAGGACGCCGCCGCCGUGCUCGCCCUCGUCCGCUCCGCCUACCGCGGCGACUCCUCCCGCGCGGGCUGGACCACCGAGGCCGACCUCGUGGCCGACGAGCGCAUCGACACGGACGGCAUCCUCGCCAAGAUCAACCACCCGUCGGGCGUCGUCCUGGUCGCGCACGACUCCGCCGGCAAGCUCGCCGGCUGCUGCGAGCUCCUCCAAAAGGACGGCGACCUCGCCUACUUUGGCCUCUUCGCCGUGGACCCGACGCGCCAGGCCGGCGGGCUCGGGCGCAGCAUCCUGGCGCACGCCGAGCAGUACGCCAAGACGGCCUGGGGCGUGCGUUGCAUCGAGAUGUGCGUCAUCUGGACGCGCGAGGAGCUCAUCUCGUGGUACGUCCGGAGGGGGUACCGCAAGACGGACAGGACGCUGCCGUUUCCGUACGCGCACCUCGUCAACGGCAAGGCGCUGCGGGAUGACCUUUACUUUACCGUCCUGGAUAAGGAGCUGUAG